CAAUAGAAAAUGAAACCGGAAACUGCAAAUCAACCGGAAGUGUAUUUGGGUCGAAAAUGGUUCCAAAUUCAAUUCGCUGUUAGAUAUUUCUGAUAAUUCUAUGCUGUUCCUGUUUGAGUACGAUAUCUGAACAGAAGAUGUUUGCUAAACCAGCUCCCAGAAAACCUGCUAAAUCUAACACAAAACAGCAGAAGAAUUUAAGCAAACCAAAGACAGUCAGUGUGAAGACUGGAGUCAAAGCACCACAGGGUAAAAAGACAAAGUGUGAAGUGAAAAAGUCACUAAAGCCUCCGCCUAGACAAGAUGCUGGCUAUUGUCUGUAUUCCAGUGACAGUGAGGAUCAAGUGUCGUUAGCGUUAAAUGAUAUGGAGUUGUGUGAGAAAUUAUUGACUCAGAUCAAACAUAAUCAGAAAGAGGCAGACAACAAACUACAGAAAGGUAAAGGAAAGAAAAAGAAGAAAGAUAAAUCCCCAUUACCUAAAGCGUUAAAUGAAAAUCCACCAAGAACAGAUAUAGUACCAGGAUUCAGCUCUAUCUAUGGAACAACCUAUCCUUAUGGUACAGCAUUAUUUCUGAGACAGCUACAGUCUCAAGACUAUGCGAAUAAUCCUAUCUUCAACACGCGUCUUGCUUCGUCUACACCUGAUCCAGAAAAGCACCUGGCUGAUCUCUCUGCAAGCAAGCUUCCAAGUGGAACUGAUCAAGUUUCUCGAGACAUACCGGAAAAAGACAUCUCGGCAGUGUCUUCAGUACCCCCUAGUUUCAAUCAUAUACAAAAUAUGGCUGACAUGGUAGAUAUUUACAAGCGAAUUGAACUUAACAAAUUUACUGAGCUUCAGGAAGCUGCUGCUAGAGCAGAAUUAGAAAAAUUCAAAGCAUUUCGGAGUGCAAGUGUAAAAGAUCCCCAAAGUUUAAGUGGAUCGGAGGGUCAAGAUCAUUUGAGUAAUGCAGGACAAAAUGAAAAUUUACUUAAAGAUGAUACAGAAAAUGUGUCAGAGCCAGUUGUUGGUAGACAGUCUGGUGGAUUUGUAAUGACUGGCAGUCAGGGGUUUUCAUUGCCUCCUGCAGAUUCAGUUUUCAGACCGGUAGUUCCAGGGACAGGGUUAUAUGAUUCAAAUACUCAGUUUGAAGGUCAACAAGAUAGCAGUCUAACAGCCUUUCAGCCGUAUCUAAGUGGUGAUUCCAGGGAAAUUCUGCCUCCUCAAGCUUGGCUGGUAGGUGCACAAGCUCAAACUGAAGGUCAUGUUCAGAACUUGGAAAAUGCACAACCAUCCUCACAGAACAGUACUAUGAAGGAGGGUGGAGAACAAGAAAUGCCUCUCUCAGGAAGGACUGAUUAUUCUGAGGCAAGUAAAGGAACUGACUAUAUCGUGUUACCACGGCGAUCUGAUGUGCCUAAAGGUCAUGAUGUGAGGUCAAACACUGAUGGUAAAGUUGUGUAUGAAAAACAGAAUGGCCUUUUUCAGCUUCAUCAGAAAAAAAGUUCAGAUCAAAGUUCAAGUGGUAAUUUAAGCAAAUCGGACAAGAGUGACUCGACAAAUAAAAGUCAAGGUCCGGGAUCACUAGAUGAAGUUCCAGAGAGGGAUACACCCGCCCAAAAUUUAAAACAAUCUGCUACUCACUCUCAGUCAUCAAAGGAUGGCACAUUUAGGAUGGAAGGUUUAAAGAAUGAUUCACAAAAUCUGUCUGAAGUUACUGCAUCUACUCCAAGAAAUCAAAACAUGAGUGGAACUGGUAGUACUAGCAGUUAUGGAGGCAAAAUUGUAUUCAUUCCAAAUGAUUCAAAUACUCAAAAUGUGAUUGGCUAUGUCCCAGGUCUUCCCAUCAUCCCUGGCUCAAAUCAGCCAAUCAGUUUGCCUGUUACAAAUGAAAUUGUUGGAAGUGCUGUCCAAUCAGGAAGCAUUCUGUCAUCAGCUGUAGGAACACAGGGACAGUCAACAUCUCAAGUGACAUCACAAGGUCAGCAAAAUAGCACAGUUUAUCACAGUGCAAGGCAUGCCCAGACCGUUGCAGCAGGGGAUGUAGGUGUCAGAAAACUCAGAUAUCUGUUAAAGGAGCUCAAAGAAUGUACCAAAGUUUCCAAAGAUACGGAGGUUACAAGGCUGGUAAUGGAGAUUGAUGCAGCCAUCAGUGCUAUACCACAGUUGGCCUUGACCUUUAACCUUCAGACAGAGAUUGACCUUGCUAUACAGCCAUUGAGGAGUGAAAAUAGUCAGCUUAGAAGAAAGUUACGCUUGCUAAACCAGCACUUAAAAGAAAAGGAGCUGUCUGCCAAUGAGGAACCAAAAGAUGUCAAUUUUGAAAUUUUACACCUGCAGACGAGCAAUGACACAUUACAGAAAGUGCUGAAAGAAGAGAAAGAGAUAAAAACACGUCUAGCAGCUGAAGUCCAGUAUUUAUACAAUGAGAUACAUAAAAUGAAAGUUGAGAAAUCCAAGCUGAUUGCCCAGACUAGUGAGAAGAAAAGUGGGGCAGGCAGCCAUGCCCAGAAAUAUAAUCUGACGAGGGAGGCUACCAUGCCCAGAAAUACCAUGUUCCCUCUGACGAGGGAGGCAACCAUACCAAGAAAUAUCAUGUUCCCUCUGACGAUGGAGGCAACCAUGCCCAGAAAUACCAUGUUCCCUCUGACGAGGGAGGCUACCAUGCCCAGAAAUAUCAUGUUCCCUCUGACAAGUGAGGUACCCAUACCCAGAAAUAUCCUGUUCCCUGUGACGAGGGAGGCAACUGUACCCACAAAUAUUAUGUUCCCUCUGAAGACGGAGGCAACUGUACCGAGUAAUAUCAUGUUCCCUCUAACGAGGGAGGAAACCAUACCCAGUAAUAUCCUGUUCCCUCUGACAAGGGAGGCAACCAUACCCAGAAAUAUCCUGUUCCCUCUGACAAGGGAGGCAACCAUACCCAGUAAUAUCCUGUUCCCUCUGACAAGGGAGGCAACCAUACCAAAACUGUCCCUACAAGGAGCAAUCUACGAAAUAUCCUGUUCCCUCAAGAGGAACCAUACCACAAGAGAUGAUGAGAUAGCACAGUCAGAUGUGGUAGUGUGGUACACCGAGAUAGCGGCAGUCAGAGAUUUAAUAUGUGUGUACAUGGAUACCAGGCAGCAAGAUUGGAUAGCCAGGCAGUCAGAGAUUGUAGAAACAAUGAAAGAAAGUAUAUCAGAGCUUCUGGGUGAACUGGAGCAGAGUCGGGUUGGAGAGAAGACCUGGGAUCAUAAUAACAGCUAUGGUUUACAUAGAUUGAUGAAAAUUGUUGAGGAGGAAGGAUCUGGAUUUUCAAAAGAACAAACAGAAAGGAAACUACAGAGGACACCUGAAAGAAGAGCUUUUGAUUUUAACAACAGUGAUUCCACGACCUCCACUGCACGAUUAACACGUGCAGCCCUUGCUUAUCAUGAUCGUCGACACCAGCCUGUAGGGGGCAGACUGGGACCAGAUGGUCGACAAGGGCCAGCAUCAGAAUCAGAACUAGAUACUCUUGUUGAAAUGUAUUCGAAAAAUAAACCACAGACACUUGGUCAGGGAAAAAUAGACAGACCGUGUCGGAGACGUACCUCGAGCUCAUCACCAGUUCGGCUGAGAAAUGACCCUGCAGGUGGAAAUUUGCGACACCAGCGGACAGUCAGCUCUCCGACAUAUAGGCGUAAUCAAGUCAGAGAUGCUGGCGGGAAUAUACACAAGUCUGCAGAUAAACUUGGCUAUGGCCGACCAAGAGAAAAUACAAUCGGCCAAGAAAGUGAUACUGAAUGUGAUCUGUCUCCUUCUAAAAGAGAGGAAGUCGGCAAAAGACGAUCUCCUUACAGAAGAGUUUCUAGAGAUGCAGAAAGUGUAUCUCCAGAAAGAAGAGCUUAUUUUGCAAAUAUGAAAGGAAGAGUUGCCCGGCAAGUUGAUGGGUCAGAGAUAAGUGUAGAACAAUCUAGAUAUAGUGUUACUGAUUAUUUUAAGAAAUAUCAUCCUCAAGACCCUGUUGUAAGACCUAAAGAACUUUUCGUUGAAAGAGAUAUACCUCCCUCAGGACGACCAGGCCGUCAUUUCAGGGGCGACGUAAUACCAGGUCAUUCAAACAGAGACAGUGCACCCCAAAGUAGAUUAAUGUCUCAGUUUAGAACUUCAAGUGAAAUAGAUGAUAGAACUGUGAAAUCGUCCGAAGGACAAGCAAAUCGAAAUACAAAACAUGGACAUUUUUUUAAAGGGAUGAGAGAUGAUCAGACAAUUAGCGCGAUUCAUGAUGAUGAUAAUUUUUCAUCAGUUUCUAUGUCGUCAGUCACAACAGCUAACACAGUGGACGACAGAAAGUUCCGAUCAGGCAUCGCUACACUUGAUGCCAAUAUUGCAAGGUUACAGCAAGCGUUACAGAAAACAAAAUCUAUGUUGGCAUGAAAAGAAGAGAGAUUUGAUUAUCAUAUAUAUAGAAUCUAAUGAUUUUGGUAAUUCCUGUAACAUAUAUUUGUUUAAUGAAAAAUGCCUGUGGAUUGUUUAUUUUCUAAUUUACCACUGUUCAGGGACACAAGGCUGAACUAUGAGAAUAUUAGUUCAAGUAGAUAAAUAUCUAGCAUCUGAUCUGUGAACCAUUGUAAAUUAGAUAGUAAACCACAACGGCUUCAUUUUAACAUUCUCAUUAAAAUGUGAUGAUAGAAGUUAUUCUGUACUUGAUUCAUUGGUAUAGUAAUUAACUGGGUGUCAUUCUGCUGUUUGGCAUUAGAAUUGUUUAUCGUAGAAUAUACGAUGCUUGAGUUCCUCCGUUGUUCACUGACAAAAAAAUAUAGUCAUGUUAGAAUUUAUAUUUAAGAAUUUGUAUCUUUUGAUAGUCAUAAGGUAGAGAACUGUGAGCAGAUGCUCAAAAUGCCCCUGUAUUGAUUGACAUCAUUUACAUGCAUACAGUGGAUUUUUUCUUCUUAAGAGUGUGCAGGAAGUAGUUAACCUAAAUCCCUUUUUUGCUGAAAUUUGCAUUUAGUUACAGGAUGAUUGAAUUGUACAGGCAAAGUGAGAAAUCUUUGGCACAUUUCUGUCUGUUUAAAGUUUAUAUGUCUAUUGUAUGUAAUAUAGAAAAGCAACAUUUAUCAACAGAAUGGCUUUUUCAAUAUCUCGAACUGAAAAGCAGUAUUUAGCUGAUUGUUCAAUUUGACCACAGAGUAUAUCACUCUCGAGUAUUAAUUUGUUUCUUGAAUUGCAAAAUGUCAGCGAAUUUUGAUUACUCAGUAAAAUGAUAUUAAGACAUAACAUUCUCUUCAAUAGAAAUAUGAGUGUUUCGUGUCCAAAUUAAAAAAGGAAAAGAGUUGACGUGGGUGAAUUAAUGUGGUAGCUAAAGUUACAGAAUAAUCUGUGUCUAGGUUACCAAAGAUCUUGUUAUUAUAUUCUAUCAAAUUGGCUGUUAGUUUCUUUAUUUAUAAUUAUUUUAAUAUUUUAUACCAAGACAUGUUGAAGGGGCCUUCAUGAUCGAGUGGUUAAUGUCGAUGACUUCAAAUUAUUUGCCCCUCAUCGAUGUGGCGUCACUCAGUGCAUUGAAUUCUUCAUGUGAGGAAGCCAUCAAGCUGGCUUUCAGAAGGUCAGGGUUCUACCCAGGUGUCCCGCUCGUGAUGAGAUCUUCCUCCACCAUCAAAGCUGGAAAUUUGCCAUUUUACCUAUAAUUGUGUAGGUGUGACAUUAAACCAAACAAAAUAAAAUAAAGACAUGUUGAAGUAAAUUGUUACAAAUUAAAAAUAAAUUUUGCAUUUUGAUUAGAUAUCAGUUACAUAAUUAAGAAUUAAGACUGUGAAGAUGUUAUAUAACUAUCUGUGUAAGACAUGAUUUUUCCUACCAGUGGUAAAGCAUGGAAUGAGAAACAGCAUUUAGUGAUGUGUAUUAUCCAUGCUGUCCCGAGGGUCGGGAAAUCAGCUGUCAUAAGUUUACUUAUGUAUAUUCAAGGAACUGAUUUAGCGCUGCAAAAAAAAUGAAGUAAUAGAUCCAUUAUGAUUGGAUUAAUAUGUCUUAUGAAUUGGCCAGAGCAAGUGUCUAUAUGGUGUUCUUGUAGAAAUGCUUCAGUAGUACUUACUGUGUCCUAAACUGUCUUAAAGAAUAAGAAAUGAAUUGCCAUGAAUUAAUUUCAUAUAAAAGCCAUAUUUUGUUUUACGUUGACAUAGAAACAAAAUGGGAGCCAUUGAUACCUUUUUAUACGCCCAGAGGGACAUAUAAUGUUAUACCCCUGGUGUCCGUCUGUCCAUCCGUUUGUCCGUCUGUCCAUUAGCAAUUUCGUGUCCGCUCUGUAACUCUUGAACCCCUUGAAGGAUUUCAAAGAAACUUAACACAAAUGUUCACCACACAGAGACGACGUGCAGAGUGCAUGUUUUGGAUGUCUCGCUUCAAGGUCAAGGUCACACUUAGGGGUCAAAGGUCAUAUCAGUUUGUUUCGUGUCUGUUGAAUUACUUCCCUUUUAUGUUACUAUAAAUAGCUUAUUUUCAAAAUUUUUAUUAUUGGCCAUAGGGAAAAACCGAGACCACUUUUCUGUGGUAUAACAUGGAUGGUACUCAAAUUUUUAGGUGUAUUUUGACAUACCUGUACCUGGUAAAGAUUUUUUUGUGGACUUGGAUUAUUUUUUUUGGAAUUUCUUCCCUUUGUUGUUCCUGUCCUUUGGGCUUCAACAGUCAAGUUCUUUAAAUUUUGCACCCAUCUUCUGAUGUAACCCUUCGGGCAUAUAUAUUCACCCGCUUGGCGGCGCUCUUGUUCAUUUUUAAGCUGAAUAUUUUGAAAAUUCUUUGUCUGCCUUAAAUGAUUCAAGAAAACCUAGCCGGCAGAAUCAGUUUUAAACAAAUGUUGUCACUUCUUUGAUAUAUAUUUAUGUCUCUCCCGAUCCCCUCCCUCCACAUAAGCUUGUAGUCUGCCUGCUUAGCUCAUUAGGGAGCCCACAGAUCUACAGAUGCCUGAUGGCAAGGUCUUGCGUUUGAUCCCUAGAUAGGUGCAUGCACUUCCUGAUAAUUGUUAAAAGACUGUUUUUUUGGAACUAUAUGUUCUCCACCUCUGAUUCAUGUUGGGAAAGCUGGUAGUUACCUGCGGAGAACAGGUUAGUACUGGUACAGAAUCCAGGUGUGCUCGUUCGGUUAACUGCCCACCAUUUCAUAACUGAAAUACAGCUGAGAAAAUGGUGCAAAACACAAAAUGAAACAAAUAAAUUUAUAAUCACCACCUGAGAAACCUUGCUGUAUUUAUACACCAUAUCACUCUUUGCCCAUCAUAUGAUAUUGUUGUCAGAGCAGAAAUUAAAUGUUCAAAGACCUAUAUGAUGUAGCAGAUUUUCCAAGAGUUUUUUUUUCUCUUCUUAAUAUGUAUAUGUUAAAAUAAAAUAGGACACUUUGAUGUGCUCUGACAUCUCUCCUAGGAACAAUGUGAAAUGUUAUGAAAUUUUGCCUUCAGAUGUAAAAGGUAUUAAAUAUUUUUCCAGGUAAAUGUCAAUACUAUUAGAUUGUCAUCUAUAAAUUGUUACUGUUUUGUCAGAUAUUGGCGAUUAUUUCUGUAAACUUCUGAUUCUUGCUUUUUCAUGUAAGAAAAGCAUUUAUGUAUUUUUAGCAUUUACAUAUUUGUCAAUGUGUUAUAUAUCACCGUCAUCAAAGGAGCAAUGAUACAUGUGUGUUAGGUUGAGAUGACUUUCAAAUUACUACUGCAGUUUGUCUGCUACAUGUAUUCGUAAUACAAAUGUAUGUUAAAAUUUGAAAGGAGGUAAACAAAAAUUAAAGUACUUCUGAGUUUAUUUCAAACAGUAUUUUUUUUUUAUCUUACAUGGGUAAACAUAUUGACAACAAGAACUGUUUUGAUUUGAUUUACAGCUUUUGUUUUUAUCACUUUGCUAACUUUACCUAUGUCAGCUGAGUUAUUUAAUGAAAACUUCUAUAUGUUAAUCUUUUUCAUAUUUGUUUACUUUUACUACUGAAAAAGGUCACUCAUUUUUCAUGCAACGUCAGUUCUCAACUGCCUGUCUGUUUGAUUUAGCUGAUUUUGAUUAAUUUUACAAACAUCUAUUUGAGCCGUGCCAUGGGAAAACCAACA